AUGUGGAUAUCCCUCGGCGUGUCAGCCCUCGUUUCGGUGGCUCUUGCGAUGCCAUUUGAUGUAAAAGAACAAAUUCAGCCAAUUACUCGAGUUGUCUAUGAUGAUGAUUUGGCGCGAAAUUCGAUGUUACCUCUAGCAGCAGCGACGUUUUCGAAAAAUCCACAACAUUGUCUCACAAAUAUCUUCAAGGGAACGUUGAAACGGCAAAUCGAGGUGAAAUGUGAUGGAUUCAACGGUGAUACAUGCUCUGGUUUCACCGCUGUUCUUCUCACACAAAAAGCCAUUGUCAUCUCGUUUAGAGGCACCGAUGCCGUUUUGCAACUUAUCGAGGAGCUCGAGGAAGCUUUCAAGGCACAAGUUCCAUUCCCAGCCGGUGGAAAUGUGAAUCUUUACUUCUACAAUGCUUUCCUCGAUGUUUGGAAUGGUGGAAUGAAAGAUGACUUCUUGACGCUUAAAAAUCAAUAUCCUGGAUACGCUCUAUGGGUAACCGGUCAUUCUUUGGGUGCUGCAAUGGCUUCCCUCUGUGCUUCGUAUAUUAUCAACGUUGGAUAUUUUGAGAAAAAUGAUGUCAAGCUUGUCACUUUCGGACAACCGAGAACCGGUGACGCUACCUGGGCCAAAUGGCACGAUGAGAAUGUUCCCUACUCGGUGCGAGUCACUCAUUCACACGAUAUUGUCCCUCAUUUACCUUUUGGAAAUAUGGGAUACAAUCAUCAUAUGACCGAGGUGUUUUUCCCAACUGACAUGAAGGUGUCAUCGACUUUUGUCGUUUGUGCAGCUGAUGAAUCGGACUCGUGCUCUGCCGGCAUCACCACCGGUCUCACUGUCAAUGACCACCUUCACUACUAUGAACACCAUGUGAGUGGAUGGGGACAAGCUGGA